AUGGUGUUCCUGGCCACCACUGGGCAGCAGGCCACAGAAGUCAAGGUCUUGGUGCCUCCCGAAGAGGCUGUCUACCACGGUGAAGUGAAAUCCUUCAAUCCCAACAAGGGCUAUGGUUUCAUUGGAUGUGACGCUUUCCCAGGACAAGAUGUUUUCGUGCUGAAGAGCGAGAUGCCAGGUGGCUUUGCACCUCAGGGAGGUCACUGCAAGUUCAAGGUGAAGCAGGAGAGCGAGAAAGGUCCCGCAGCCACGGAGGUGCAGCUCUUGGGAACGGCCGGAAACCAGUACCAGCAGAUGGAACACAUGGCGUUUUACAGUGGCUCCAAGGGCUUCAGCAAGGCCAAGGAUACCUUCUGGCAAGAUCUGCAAGCACAGACUUUGAGGCUGGGGGAGUAUCAAAAGAUGACCGAACAGGCGGUCGAGAAGUUGAGAGACGACCCUGAACUAAAGGAUUUCUUCGAAGAUGUGAAGAAGAUUCUGAUUCUUGAUCUGAAGUUCCAGAGCCACUGA